GGAGGCAUCUCUAUCCUCUCUUGCUCACACACUUUGCUCGCUAUAAAUGCACCCACCAGCGCACGCAACUUUAAGAGCGCACGCAACUUACGUUUCCUUUUCGUUAUUAUCGAGAAUAAGCCAGAGCAAAGCAGAUCAGUCUUCCCAGUCCAGGCGAGAGAGCAAUAUGGGUUUGAAGGAGGAGUUUGAGGAGCAUGCUGAGAAAGCCAAGACCCUGCCGGAGUCUACAACAAACGAAAACAAGCUUAUUCUUUAUGGGCUGUACAAGCAGGCCACUGUUGGAGCAGUGAACACCAGCCGUCCUGGAAUGUUCAGCUUGAGGGAGAGAGCAAAGUGGGAUGCAUGGAAAGCUGUUGAAGGGAAGUCCAAGGAGGAAGCAAUGAGUGAUUACAUAACCAAAGUGAAACAGCUGCAUGAAGAAGCUGCGGCAUCUGCCUGAUGUCUUGUUCAUGCAUAAUGCCUCUUUGAUUCCUUGUGUUUUAAAAACGCAAUUGUAAUAAUAAAAAAAACAGUAUCUGUAGUUUUCAAACUUUUAGCGGGUCGUGUCUAAGUCCUGUGGAAGUGAUUAUGGUAUGUUAAUCUUUAAGAA